AUGAUAGCGAAUCUCUCUCUAUCUCGCGAUCCGCUCGCGCGGCCGAACGUCUCUCGGCCGCCUCCUUCGUCCGAACAUUCCCCUUCCCGCUGGACUUCCGAUGGUCGUCAACCCCAAGUCGCGAGAACGAGCUCACGAAUGAGUUCGCGCACGCGGAUGCGUUCCUCGGAUCCCUCCACUUUGAUCCAUUCAGUCCUCUCGUCCUUUCCUCAUGACGACAACACGUCACAGAAUACACGACACGAGGCCCCCUUGUGCCUUGGGCCGCAAAAGUUCUAUCUCUGCACCCGCGCCUCAUUGCUUCGUAGCCUCACACUCCACUCGCUCUCGCGCUCAGACGCGCACACCGAUCCGCAACCCGGCGCCAUCUUCGAAACCAUCGAGAAGGCCCUGGCAGCAGGGAACCGUCGGCGACAGCUGAGCCUGGUCGUCGAAGGCCCGAAGCCUGCCCCACACCUCCCCACUCAGCACCCAGCGUCCCGCGCUCUGCACAUCCCCUUCGAGUCCCUUGGCCCUCGAAACCCCCCACCGGCAUCGGACGUCGACCGUUCGGACCAGCUCGGGCGCUCAAUAGAACCUCACGCCUUUGACGCUUGCGCUUGA